AUGGGGGACUUUCUCUUGGACGCUGUCGCGCAGUUCCUCAAGGGCGCCCAAUGGCUCGACCCUGUGAACGCAUUCAUGCACACGCAUAAGCUUGCGUUCGUGGGCGUCGUGGGUCCACAGGAGGCGUACUCGCUGCAGCAACACGCCAUCUUUGUCGAGUUCAAGGGCUUGGCCGACCAGUUGCUGGAGGGUAUUGUGCAAGACUUGGGGUGUGAACCCGCAGCGUUUGUCUCUGCGUUGGAGGAGGCAGUGGUCAACGAGGCCGGCGGGCCAAAGGAGGAGGAAGUGCAGCUCCUCAUGAAGACGCUGCUCGCGUACGACGACUUUCACGGGUUUUGUACGUUGAUGCAGAGCUACGUGGAAUGGAAUGCCGUCCCAACGAUGCCUCCCGACGACAGCGAAGUACAAGCAGGGCAUGAAGAGCUGUCCUGUCGAGACGACGUUCCGUUUGAUGCGAAGAAGUACUUUGGGUCGCCAGAGUGGAUCCUGCAGGAAGUCGUCGCGCGAUCUCUCUUGGACGCGCAGGCAUCGGGCCACCUCGAUCAUGACGACGCAGCGUAUUUGCCGUGGGCCGAAGCCAUCAUGUCGAUGAAGACGUGUUACGACGGACAACUCGCGGGUGAUGAGUCGUCUGGCGAAGCAUCCAAUGCACGAAUCGACUGUGUCUCAUCAGAGUCGGUGGAGUCGAAGAUGGCAGCCGAACUGCAAGCCUUAGAAGCCAAGUUGGUGCACGAACGACUCAAGGUCGAUCUAUUGGUCGCGCAGAGGCUGUCAGAGCGGAAUGCGGGCAUGCGGCAGCAAAUGGCUGCAUUGUGUCAAGCAAGCAGCGGACGAUGUGGAGAUGCUACCACAGCUUCAAUGGCGGCGGAGGAAGAGCUGGGCAUGCUCUGUGAGCGUUUGGAAGCUAUCCAAAUGGAGCUAAAAGCGAUCAAGACGCGGUGCUUUGGUUUCAAAUCCGUGAGCCCAGUCCACCUGGAUGAAAUCUAUCUCUUUCUCAAGGAGAAAGUGCAUUUCAAGCACGACUUGGCUCAAUGCGAGACCGAAAUCGCCGACUUUCUCUUUCGCCGCAUUCAACCGAGCGAGUCUGCCAUCGUGCCGCACUUGCUCCAGUGGUUGCUCCUGGAAUCCGAAGCCCACGAAGUCCAGCAGGACAUUCAGUCCCGAAGUUUCUUGAGUCCGAGAGCAGAGGCCAAGGAAGACGACCCAAACGAUCGGUGGGUGCAGCAGUGGAGUGACCCCGACAACGCGUACUACUACACGAACGCCGUGACGGGCGAAGGACGAUGGGACCCCCCCACGUCGAAAGACGGCGAGCCGAUUCUCGGCUAUUGGAACCACGAUAACGAGUGGGUUCCAUACACAUUUCUGACACCAGGACCGGCCGACAUGACGGCGGAUGGCAAGGAAGAGGCGAGCUCAACGUCCGACCUGAAGCUCCCGCCGUUGGAGUCCAAGCCGUGGACACCGUCAGCCGUUUUGAUGGACAUUGGAUCGGCGCUGGAGUCGGCGCAGUCAACGCACCGGGCCUUUUCGACAGACAUGUUGGACGUGGAAGCGUCGCUGCAAAAGGUACUGCAGGAGCAUGCCGACGAGUCCAAGAAGCUUGAAAUUGCAUUGCAAGUCGAACAUGCAAGACAGAUUCAAGACAUCCAACGACGAAAGGCGCAGCGCCGCAAAGAGCGCAAGAUGAAAAAGGCCAUGGUGAACGACUCGGCAGACGCCAAGGAAGCGUCGAUCGCUCCGCCGCCACCUGUCGACCUGCCGUCUCCACUCAGCGCAUUGAGUGGGUGUCAAAUUAACAUUUGCCUGCCCGAAGGGGGCAAGUUCGACCUGCUCAACCUUCUCAGCGAAGCGGACGAGCGCGUCCGACGGGAGCGCCGUGGAGAUGGCCCCAAGCAGGAAGCGUCGGCACCAUCGUCGUUAAACGCGACGUCGCUUCGGUAUUUGGCGGAAAAAAUUGCCCCAACAUCGAAACUGAUUGAGAUCGAAGAAAUUUAG